AUGGCCGACCGGGCGCCCCAAGUGCCGGCUAUACGACACUCGAUAUUUGAAGUGCCAUGGCCAAUGGUGGAUUUGGAGGUUACCCGACAACUUGAGGACGCAGAUUUAUCGAGUGACAACGACGGCUUUCCUAGCGCCCGCCAUUGUAGAAAGGUGUCAUUGAAGGACAGCCCAGUAUCCUGGAAAAUUUUCUCAAAGCAUGAAGAUACCGGGGCUAUCACCAUGCAACUCCUGCGGGAGAGCUGGAAUAUGUUCAAGGGUCUGGGUCUCCGGGACUGGGCUGAUGAUGUGUUGGGUAUGCCGUCGACCAAGAUGAAGAUCUUCAGGCUAUAUUACAGCAGACUAGCAUUUUCGCUGUUUUCUUUCCUUCGUCAAGUUCCUGAUGAGAUCACCACAUACGAUUCUAUAGUAUCGACCAUUCGAACACACGAUCGGCUCCUUUACGCCAGUCUCUUGCACGGUCUCACACACGCCAAAGAUCGCAGUCCGUACCCGGCUUUGACACUGGAUACAUCACCUAUUACGACCCCAGUCAAAGACUUACUGUCACAUCCGACGAACGACAUCAUCUGUCAGUUCGCGGUCCUCGAAACUCGCUACCAGCGAUAUUGCAGAAGCGUAGACCUUGCGAAUGGGUCCUACUUCCGAACCGCCACCGCAUUACUGACCCUUGUAAUCGAUCAGUCUGUAGUCAGUGGCUCGAGAAUCCUGACUCGCGACAUACUACGGUCCUUUCGCCAAAUCAGUCUUGAGGGUGUCUGGAACGAUGACUGUCAUCUGAAAGCGCUCGCACGUCGAUGGAGCUGCCUCUGCCACGAGGCAGAGGAGAUUGCAGCUUCAGGACGGCUGAACACCAAGCUACUGGGGCUCUCUCAGGAUCUCUACAACCACCGAGAUUUUUUCUCGCUUACGGCAAUUUUACGUGGGCUAUCAAACGGAGGCGUCGAGCUGGAACCUGUAUUAUCUGCAUUCCUUGAUGAGAGUCGGAAUUAUGGACAAUAUCGUCUCAAGCUGCACAAGGAACCCUGCCUUCCGUUUAUUUACCCAUUUAUCAAAGACCUGAAGUUGGGAAAUCAUAAGGCUGUACAGGGGAUUUUUGGUUUCCUUUGCUACCAUCAAAUCUUCACACAGGCUAUGUGA